AUGGCCAACGUUUUCUUCGAUAUCACCGCCGAUGGCGCUCCUCUAGGCCGCGUUGAGUUCAAGCUCUUCGACGACGUCGUCCCCAAGACCGCCCGCAACUUCCGUGAGCUUGCUACCGGCCAGCACGGCUUCGGCUACAAGGGCUCCCCCUUCCACCGUGUCAUCCCCCAGUUCAUGCUCCAGGGUGGUGACUUCACCCGCCAGAACGGUACUGGUGGCAAGUCCAUCUACGGUGAGAAGUUCGCCGACGAGAACUUCCAGCUCAAGCACACCAAGCCUUACCAGCUCUCCAUGGCCAACGCCGGCCCCAACACCAACGGCUCUCAGUUCUUCAUCACCACUGUCAAGACCUCUUGGCUCGAUGGUGCCCACGUCGUUUUCGGUGAGGUCGUUUCCGGCCAGGAGGUUGUCGACGCUGUCGAGAAGCUCGGCUCCUCGGGCGGUGCCACCAAGAAGAAGGUCGUCAUCUCCAACUCCGGUACCGUCUAA